AUGGUCGAAUCAGUGUCAUCACCUUCAGGAGUUUUGCAUGAGCUCAUGCUUUGCUUUCUGAGGCCUGUAAAGGCUCUAUUCCCUCUCGCUGAAAAGUGGAAAGUUCGAUCUUUCAUUAAACGAGGAAAGUGCAAAGACAGAUUGGCUCAAUGCCUUUACUUUAUUUCCACGAGCAUCGAAAGAUGGGAUGGAGCCUUCACUAAUAGACAGAUGGGAUUGAAGGAUAAGCAACUACAUCAAUCAACUUGGCAGCAGCAAGGGAGGCAAGAGAACAUGUCCCUCAUGUCCUAUUUCAGUAAAAUGAAAAGACUUUGGGAUGAAAUCCAGAGUAUCAGGAAAUUUCCAGUUUGUAGCUGUGGAAUUUUGAGCAAGUGUACUUGUAGUUUCUUGAAGAGACUAUCUGAUUUUGAAGGAGAAGAAAAACUGAUGAAGUUUUUGCUUGGUUUGAACAAUGGUUUUGAUAAUACCAUUGCAAAUAUCCUUGCUAUGGACCCCCUCCCACCUCUGAAUAGGGCUUAUGCUAUAGCAUCUCAGAUAGAAAAGCAAAAGGAGAUUGCUGGGAUGCAGGAAGGUGCACAAGAAGCAAGUGCUAUGGUUGCUCAGAAAGGGGCAAAGAAUGGUCCAUCUGGACAGCAGAGAGGAGUUUUUGUGCCUGGAAAGAAGGACUGGAAGAAAGAUAAGCUUGAGAGGAAGUGUGAGCACUGCAAAGGAAGGGGGCACACCAUAGAUCAAUGUUUCAAAAUCAUAGGGUACCCUGAUUGGUACCCAGGACUGAAAGGUGGCAAGAAUGGAGCUGGAGGAAGCAAGAUGGUAGCAAAUGUUCAAGCUGAGGGAAGUGAGACUGAUUCUGAUAAUCCUCUGGAUCAAGAAACCAGUGGGAAAGGGCACUCAUCUAUGGAUCUUAGGAUGAUUAAUGUUGUGGUGCAGGAGGUGAUGAAAGCUAUGAAGGGAAAGCAGACUCUUGAGGAAAAGGGAGCUGGGACUAGAGGUGCUGCAUUCACCAGCUGUGCAGAUGCCUGGAUCAUAGAUAGUGGUGCCACAGAUCAUAUGACCUAUGAUGAGACCUUAUUGGAGGAUAAAACAUUACUUGAGAAGCCCAUUCCAAUAGGUUUGCCUGAUGGAACAAAGAAAUAUGUUAAGGUUCGAAGAGCUUAG